AUGGAGAACAGAGGAGCAAGGGAAAGGACAACAAGCCCAGAAGUAAAUCCACUUGGUCCAGAGGAACCCGAGGAUAAAGUGGGCCGAGUUGGGACACCUAAACGCCUUCACUAUACCACGGACGACAAUUCUCGCCAAAAGAACAAGGAUGCAUGUUGUGGACCGUCUGCAUAUGAACUCCAGCGCCUUGAGAACAUCAUACAGAAGGAAGCCUUCUUGUCGUCUUUGAAGAUAUGGCAAGCAGCUGAGAAUCUGAGGCAGUCAGUAAAGCCAAAGCCGGAUGUCAAGAGGUCAAAGGCUUCAUUGGGAAAAGUGCCGGCUCUGCAGUGUCCCCGGAAAUCCCUUCGUCUUAAAGAAGCACAAACCCUUACCCUCAGUGGUGGAUCAACCCAUCAACAAGACACUGAAUCCAGAGAGGCUGAGGCAGAUGUUGCAGAAAAGACCAUUGGCAUCUACACUGUCCGAGCAGAGGGUCGUGGUCCUGAUGGUCCAGGUAAUGGACGCUUUGCUGAUGUUGGUGUUGUGCUGGAAGGCGUGGAAGUUCUCCAUAACCUGCAGAGUGUCAGCCAUGCAUGUGUGAUGCUUUAUGGGCUGAUCUACGCACUCAACUUGAGCUAUCCAAAACGCCUGAAGCGUACAUUUGAGGUGUACCAGAAAAUCCUGAUGGACCUGGACUCAACCAAGCUUUCACCAAAAGUACAGGCACUGAAAAUCAAAUUGCUCCAGUGAUUUGGCUGGCAAUAAUGCACUUAAACAGCCCCUACCUGAUUUUUCUUUUUUCUCAGACAGGAUCUUGUGUUCAAAUGACCCCUUAGUUCUUGAAGGGUGUGUCAGGGAAAUACCUGUUUUUGUUUUGUUUUCUUAUGAUGCUGAAGCAUUUAAUGGGAGUGUUGUGAGUGUGGCUGUGUAGGUGGGUUCAUAGAUGGAGUUUCUAAAGUGUGUUAGCUGGCAGUUUUGCAUUGGCUCAGCUCAAACUACAUUUGUCUUUCUUCCCAGAUUUAAUAGGACCUAGUUAUGUGUUUAAAAAAUAUUUAAUCUACAAAAAAGUGCUUUAAAUUGUGUAAU